AAGAGGAGGCGGGGUUUCUGCCAACUCACCAGGAAGAUGAUGCGGCAUACUUGGAGCGCAUGCUUCGUGAGAACCGUCACACCGUAUCCGAUAGUACACUUGCGACCAUCCGGCACAAGCUAGAGACGCUGACAGAAGCCUGCAAUCACGGUGGUGUCAUUUCUGUCAGUGAGGCGGCGGAGGAGGAAUUACUUGAGGUCCUCUCACCGCUGUCACUUGUGAACGUCACCCUUGACCAACUUCGCCGCCUUAAGAUUGGUGUUACUGUUGGAAAAUUCCUCUUGAGGGACUACCCUGUUCGUGUCGUCUCGCUCGCUUCGGCGAUCUUGACGUAUUGGUUUCGUCAACUUCCGCCCGCAACGCAGCAGCUUUUGAGUAAAAAGUCAGCCCUCGAUAUGGCGUCAAAUGACACAACAAUUGGCUCGGAGCGCCAGGACGUUUCACUGGGUGCAUUGGGCGUGCAGCUAGAGGCCUGCUUCACCGACGAGGAGGUGUGCGACACCAUCAAUGAUCCUGUUAUCGUUGCAGGGAACAUCGAGAAGGAGUUGGAGGCCGUGGACGACGAGGAUGUCAGCAUGGAAGUCCUCGCUGCUUUGCGGGAUGGUAGCAACACGGCUCUGCGUUGCGGUCUGCUUGACGGCUCUAUCACUGCAAAGGACUUUGUUGCGAACCCUACCAACCCGGAUCUUCUACUGAAGCGCAGCGACAAUGACGGUGACAAACCGUCGGGGGUGUCGCCCGUAGAACCGGAGUCCCCGCUGGAGGAGGGGAGCGACCUCACAAAUUUUACGACGCUCUACGUGUGUCCCGGCUGUGGUGCCCGCGAGGCGGUCGCCAACGAGUACUCGGUGCAGGCGCAUGAUAACAUGGCGGUUUUUGUGCGAUGUCUCAAAUGCGACGAGACGUGGAAUGUUGAGGCGUAG